AUGCGUUGGGAUCCUAGAGAUUACGACGGAAUCCAGACAGUCAGGGUGCCACCAGACAAAGUUUGGCUUCCGGACAUUGUCUUAUUCAAUAAGUUAGGAGAGCGAAAUUUCAAGCUCAGAUUAAUUGUUUUUCAGUGCGGACGGUAAUUAUUUAGUUUCCUUUUAUUCGAAUGUCGUCGUCGAGCACACUGGAGAGAUGUUAUGGGUACCUCCUGCCGUUUAUAAAAGUAGUUGUCUGAUUGAUGUCGAAUUUUUCCCUUUUGAUGGUAUCGGGGUUUUUAUAAUUUAAAAUAAGAAUUUUCGUCUUUAGAGCAAGUUUGUUCGCUCACUUUUGGCUCUUGGACAUUUCAAAAGGAGGAACUGCAAUUAUCCUACCUAAGUGGAAAGAAACAGGUCUCAGAUUUUGUUCCCUUAUUUGUUCUUUCAUUCCGAAUUCACAAAGAUAAUUAGGCUAGCUAUAUUUUUAAGACUUUUCCAAUUUGAACCUUGGAAAUUUUUUUUGGUGUUAUUGAACACUUCCAAUUUAGGUUGAACUGAACGAUUAUUCUCCCAGUGGCGUUUGGGAUGUGAUGGCGGUUCCGGGUCUUCUGAUUGAUGAAAGAUCAAAAAUAUCUUAUCAAAUUCAUAUACGACGGUUUUUUUCCUGUUCUCAUCUGAUUCUGUCACUUUUUACAGGAAAACAUUGUUUUAUACUGUCAUUUUAAUCAUGCCGACAGUGCUGAUGGCUUUCCUUUCCAUGAUGGUCUUCUAUUUGCCAGCCGAAUCGAGUGAAAAAAUAACUCUUGCCAUCAGCAUUUUUACUCGCUUUAGUCGUUUUUCCUGUUGGUCGUUUCCAAAGUAAGAAUUUUUUUAUUUGAAGUAUAAAAGAACAAAAUUUGAAACUCUCUUCAAAACUUGCUGCAGACGUUUUAAAUUUAAUUUUUUAAAUUUUACCUUUUUUCCCUGGCCAAAAGAUGGCAAAAUUUUAAAAUGACUAGGAAUUUUUACUACUCCUUGAUUAAAUUUCCGUGACUAUUUUUCUCAAAUUUCUCACAUAGGAUCUUGUAAACUUGUCAUGUUUUAAAAAAAUUUACCAUCAGAUAUUGCCGCCCACAUCUUCGACCAUUCCAUUAAUGGCCAAAUACCUACUGACUGUCUUCAUCAUGAAUAUGAUGACAAUAAUGGUGAGUGGGAAAUCGUGGCUUGCGUGCAGACAUUGCCUUUGUAGCUAUCCAGAAGCUUUUUCAAUGUUAUCAUUAGCUGGCUUGUAGCCAAUUGCCUUCUCUAUUUGUAGUUCUUUGUUCAACAGGUUCAAAUUAGAAAAGCAUAUCAAAUUUCACAGGUGAGCGUAGUUAUUAUCAACAUCUACUUUCGUGGUCCAGCAACGCAUACAAUGCCUAACUGGGUUAGGAGAGUGUUUUUGCGGGUAAAUCAAGUCGUUUCCCUUUUUUUCACGUUUCCUUCAGUAUCUACCAAUUUUCCUUCUUAUGAAGCGCCCGGAAAGCACUGAAGCUGAGUUUUCUCGAGAAAGGCGAGAAAGGCGCGAAAAAAGAAGCAUUCGGAGUGCUCUUCGGAAUGCUUUCAAACGCAGUGUCAUUCCAAAAGUGAGAAAAGCCCAUUUUCCAAAGUUCAUCGAAACUCGUUCAGACCUCAACCGUUCCUGUGGAAAAACCAAGCCAGGAUGUAAGUCAUUAAGGAUGCGUCACGAACUCGUUUUAUCAAACUUUUCCUGAUUAAUUUUCUUUGAAUAAGCUUCUUGAUGCUGUCUAUGAAAAUAUAUCGACGAAUUGAGGGCUCCGAAGCAGAGGACCUCUCUGUUGAAGCUAACAAGGCUAUCGAAGCAAUCGAGUAUAUCACAACCCAUUUGACCAAAGACAACACUUACAAAAAGGCUAGUGGAAAUCUGAAUGAAAUUCUAUUCGGCAAGUUCAGCAGCGAGAAGAGUGGAAAUAUGUUUCGGUGGUAGUCGACCGCCUUCUCCUAUACAUUUUUUUUGCAGGUAAGAUCAGAAAACGGAUACAAUAGGGCACCUUAUUUGCUGAAUUACUUUUUGUUCCGCCUCAGAGCGGAAGAUAUCACUGGGAGAAAAGUUCCUCCUGUAACUUCCUUAUUGUUCAUUUUAAUGCAAACGGAAACUUAAAAAACGUUUCUGGUUUUCACAUCAAUUGACAGAACUCGAAACGUGGCUGUCAAUCAUCAAGCAAACAUAAUUAAAUUUUAGUGACAACUGGUGGAACCAUGGGAAUUUUGUUUUCGGCGCCCAACGUGUUCGAGUACGUCGACCAAACCGCCGUCAUUGAAAAGUUGAAAAAAGCUGCAGCCGCGGAAAUUUUGGACCCAUGA